AUGAAGCUCCGCAUUUCAUCCCGGGUCCUCCUUCUAUUGCCUGCGAUCACGACUGUACUCGCCGAUCAGAUCUCUAGUGUUGACGGCGUCACCGAUUAUGCUGUCACGGCACGCGACACCUCUGCGACCAACGCUCUUGUUCUAGAUCUUGAUGAGCUCGCACCUAAGCCGUCUCCGAAAGGGACGCAGGACGCCCCUGUCGACGGCAAAGAUGGCAGACCCCACGCUGGCCCAUGGGUAGAGACAACUGCGGAGCGGGAUCGCAAGAGAUCUGGUGCUCUAGAUGAACAGACUCAGCCAGGCACAAAGUCUACAGAAUAUUUGGACUCCGAUGGGGAGCCGAUUCCCUAUUCAAAUGAUGGUGUCAUGGAUGACCGUAACAGGGCGGCUCCCAAAGAAGGCACUCGGGGAACAGAAGGUGGUGUGUCUGGGAAGCUCAAAGAAAGCACCUACACAGGGGACAAGUUGCCGGAUAGUCCGAAGGAGGCCCCUCCGCUUCCGCACAGUGAAGAACAGAAGCUCCCGACCACGGGAUCCAACGGCGCGACGGACACGAAGGGUUCCAGCGCCGACUCGACUCUCGGCGUGCUUGAGCGACCCGCAGAUUUGCCAGGCAAACCUCACGAUAUCCCGCUUCCCAAAUCCCCGACUACCGUCAAAGAUAGCCCGGUCGGCUUGGAUGAAGAAGGAUCUUCAACGACUGCCACCGAAGGGCUUCCCGAGGGCGAACGCGACGCAUUCCAUUCCCUCCUAUUCUCUUUUACCAUGAUCGUUGUUUCCGAGAUCGGUGAUAAGACAUUCCUCGUGGCCGCUCUUAUGGCCAUGAGACAUCCGCGACUGCUUGUUUUCUCUGCGGCGUUCUCCGCGUUGAUUGGCAUGACUGUACUCUCCGCGAUCCUCGGUCACGCCGUUCCCACCUUGAUCCCCAAGACGUUCACAAAGUUUCUCGCAGCUGUCUUGUUUUUUAUCUUCGGCGCGAAGAUGUUGAAGGAAGGUCGGGAGAUGUCGCCUGAUGAGGGUGUCGGCGAGGAGAUGAGGGAAGUCGAACAGGAGCUGGAAGAGAAGGAGCACGAGCAACUACGGAUGAGCCGCCGCCGUUCAUCGAUCACACCGCAUUCCUUGGAAGCCGGACGACUGGGACGCACACCCCGCUCAUCUGCGAAUCGUCUUCCCUCGCCUCCAGAAAGCUUGUCUUCCUCUUCAUCUCGCGGGUCGUCGCCUCGCCCCAGCCAGAGGUGGAAUGAUCUUCUUGUUGGCAUGAACAACUUGUUCUCCCUUCUCCUCAGCCCCGCUUGGGUGCAGACAUUUGUCAUGACCUUCCUCGGCGAGUGGGGUGAUCGCAGUCAAAUCGCGACAAUUGCCAUGGCUGCAGGACAAGAUUACUGGUUUGUAACCAUUGGCGCCAUUACCGGACACGGUCUUUGUACCGCAGCGGCAGUCAUUGGGGGCAGUGCUAUUGCUGGUAAAGUCAGCAUGCGUGUUGUCCUUGACCCCGUGGUCGAACAAUCUCCCUCCAGAACGCUUGAUCAAACGGGCGCUCGCGAUGGAAGUGCAGUCACACCCGAGCCCGAUGUCGCGGACAUCACAGGGACAACUUUCAUACCGGACUCUGAGACAGACCUUGACCCAGAGAUGAUGCUGGAGGCAUUGCCGGACCUUGAACGAACCGGAAAAGGUGUGCUGGAUUUCCUUGCACCUACCAAGGCCAGCCCGGCAACGAUCGUCAAUAAGGCCGAACUGCUCAGCGAUCCCAAAAAUACCCAAAGCAAACGCUUGCUCCGGUUAAUCAAGAAUCUCGAUGGAGACAUGAAAAUCUUCAGUAACCAGACCUACAUCGACCUCGACGGUAUUGAUCGUAUAUUCUCCCCCGUCCUUGCGAGCAGACGUGAGGACUUUGAGGACUGGAGCCCGGAUCCUAUCGUGCAAAUGGCAAACUGCGCUCGCUUUGCACUUGAGAUACUUCUGGCAGGCACCAAUCCAGACUCACGGAAACGGGCGAUCCGUAACAUUGAGAAAUUGUUCCCUCGGCCUUUCAUGACUGGCUUAGUUGGCGCUGGACAGGACAAAGCGCCCGGGGAAAGUGUUCUAGAAAAGGAGACCUUUGACCUCGCGUUGUCAAUUCGCACUCAGUCUCUGAUUAUGCAUUUAGAAGAAAAGCAGGAAGAUUCCAAGUUCAACGCCAGGCAUGCUGUCAAACUUUGCUUCUUCAAAACAUUGUCUCGCAAAUCGCCGAUGCGAGGUUUCAAUUUGCCAAAUUUCAGCAACAAGGCCGAUGGUACACUUCCCGCACAAUAUAUGGAUGACGUUCAGAAGCGCUACAAUGACAUUCUUCUGGUCGAGCAGGAUGGGAAGUUUGACGUCAAUGAAUUGAAAGAGGACUAUCGCUGGAAACGGUUUGUCCUACACUCAGCCCACUGGGUCCGCAAACGAACAGAAGAAAUCUACGCGGAGCUGCAACAGCGCAUGAGCACGCAAACUGUCCACUACAUGUUUUUUAAUGCGAAAAACUCCAGUUUAACCAGCACGUUGGGAGGCUCAGAGGUCGAAAGAACUGGUGAAACCCGGGAAGCCGAUGAGCAGACGACGCGACAGGAGAACGUCCCGCAAGAAACAUUUGCGCUGCCCGAGCCCGAGCCCGAGCCAGAACAACAGCAGCCUGAGUCUCGGCUUGAUCGUGGGGAUACGCAGCGGAGACGCUCUUCCAGGCCUUCAUACUUGAACUCCAUCGCUAUUCAACGUGUCGCACAAAGACAAGAGCGCCUCCGAACAGGAACUGAACCCUCUGAAAAUCUCGGGCAACCUGAUAUUGUCCAAGAGCAGUCUGGUGUUGACGGUCCCCACGGUUCCUCAGCAUUACCGUCAAGCCGCCCAGUCCAGCAAGAUAUCUCUCAUAGGCGUGUACCGUCUUUCGAUGAAGAACCGACUUUGGUGCCUGAGGAACCGGAGAUCGAUAUUGGAGAUGAUUCAGAGCUUGCCAACGGAGACGAGAACAGUCAGAUAGAGAGAUCCCGCAGCCCUUCGGUCGUUCCCAGAAGUACGCCUUGGCGCCGAGAGCCAACCUCUACCGCUCAAAGGACAGGAGAAGUGCCACUGAGUCAGAGAGUAUGGGAAACAGCCAAGCGUGGUACUUCUGUGCAGCCCACAUCGGGUCCUAGCCGCAGCGUGAAUUCACGAUUCAUCGACCGCCAACGAGACGCCGCGCGGAUUUCGCCGAUUCGAGACAAUGACUCUCAAAGCGCCGUUACACGCGUUGAGCAGCGUGCAUCUCGAAAGCGUGCGCGAGCGAGUACCGAGACGGAUUCCGAUGGCGACGGUUCCGACUUCGAUUCUGAUAUUCGUCCAAUGAAUGGCGAGCAUCGGCGAGCGGAGAAGCCACCAGAACAGCGGAGAAGCAAGCAGCCGCGGCUGGAAGUGGCGGCGACACAAAGGGAAGCCAGCGCUGAUGCCCACCAAGACGAUGUUGUAGAGGAGCCUCUACGCCCAGUACGGCGAAGAAUAGUGCUCCACCCGACGAUCAUCUCCCAACCUUCCACCGCUCGAUACACAUCCAGAGCACGGAGUAGUUGGACGGAGGCUGAAGACAACAGACUCAUACGAUUAAUGAAGGAUCUUGGUCAUAAGUGGUCAUCAAUAGAGAAGGAAAACAAAGCACAGUCUGCCAAACCAGGCGAAGUGCGCAUUGAAGGCCGGGACCAGGUGGCAUUUAAAGAUCGAGCUCGAAAUAUGAAAAUAUCAUAUUAUCGUGACGAAAUUCCCAUCCCUGAUUACCUCAAAUAUGUGACUAUGAAAGAAAAGGACAUCAAGAACCUUUUGGAGCGGGGAGUAACUGUCCUGCCGCAUGAUAUGGAUGCCUAUAACUCAAAGCGUUAA